AUGACGUGUUAUACUAGGUUGGGUAAUAUCCCGACUCUGUGCGUCGAGUAUACCGAGAACGCGCUUGACCUCGUUAUCGAGAACUUCGCGCUCAGCGGGGGUCUCUUCCCGAACCUCGUCACCGUCGAGGCGCACAACUUCAUGAGGUUCUCGCCGUACAAUGACAUUCAAGAGGAGAGCCCUCGCGAGUUCAUGCUCACAUUCCGCCAGAUCCAGGCGGACAUGCGCGACGUUUCAUUCUACUUCCGCAACAAGAGUGGGCUCCCAAAGCUCAGUGACUCGGGCAUCGCAGACGUGAUUCUUGGCGGGCAUGCUCUCACUGUCACCGCGCGAGUUGCGAGCUCAAGCAAGGAUCGCUCAUCUGCCCUCUACGUACGUCGCACCAUCUCUCGUCAACACACUCAAAUUUUCAAUAUUGAAGACAGCAAGCACGACCUCCUGCAGGUGCAGAACACGAUCACGAUCACAGUGCGCACAAGCCUGGAGUACGUCGAUGGCCAGCUCGUGACGGUGCGCGACUGCAUGGACGCCGCGAAGGUGGACGGGAACGGGACACAGGCGCUGCAGGACGCACAGGGACUGACAUGUCUCCACAGCUAUUGCAGCAUAAGGACGAGGGCGGACGCGAAGACGGGCACUUUCAAGGUCUUGUUGAAAUGUGACUCGGCCAUUCUGCAGGAUGAUGUCGGCCGCCACGAGAGCAUGGCGAAUCGAGCGCAGUCACGGUCGGACAAGGCGACGAAAGGAGAGACGUGGCACUCAGCGGCGUUCACGAUCAUUUGA